AUGGCAAAGCUUAAAGAGACAUCCUUGUGGGCGAACCGCAAAUGCUUACUAACAUGCUCCGCCGUCGCUAUUGCUAGCAUGCAGUACGGGAUUGAUACUGCUGCAGUUGGCGGUCUGCAGGCGAUGCCUGGGUUUUUGAUGGUGUUUGGAUAUGAGGACCCGACAAGCCCGCUUGGCUAUGGUAUUGAUUCGACGGUGCAGCAGCUCAUGACCUCUUUGCUAAAUCUGGGUUCGUGCGUAUCUGCCAUUGCUGCUGGUGUGUUUGGUGCCUACUUCGGUCGCAGGAAGGCCUUGUGGCUCGCAUGCAUCAUAUGUCUGGCUGCAGUUUCGGUACAGAUUGGCUCUACCUCCAAGGCCGGUUUAUACGUGGGUCGUCUGUUGCUAGGCUUCUCCAACGGCUUCUUUGUCGUAUUCUCGACUGUUUACUGUAGCGAAGCAGCACCGGCGCAUCUCCGGGAAAUCAUGGUCGGGCUCUUCUCUUUCUACGUGAACCUUGGAAGCAUCAUCGGCUCUAUCAUCGACAACUACACUUCACGCUACCUCUCGAAACUCUCCUACCAAGUCCCCCUCGCCUGCAUGUUCAUCGUCCCGGUUCUACUCGGCACAGCGCUUUUCUUCGUCCCCGAGAGUCCGCGAUGGCUUUUACAUCGUGACCAACAUGAUGCGGCGCGCAAGUCUUUGGAGCGUCUUCGUUUCGACCACGGCGAAGAGCUAGAGUUGGAGUGGGCGGAAAUGAUUCGUGGCGUAGAAGAGCGCAGACUGAGUCAAAGCUCAGGCUUCUUGGAUCUCUUCCGCGGCAACGACCUGAGACGCACGCUACUCUGUUGGGGCACGAUCGCAAGCCAGUCUGCGAGUGGCGUCUGGUUCUUCAUCGGUUAUCAGACCUACUUCCUCGCCAUCGCUGGUAUUACGAAAGCCUUCGAGUACAGCAUUAUGAACUCGUGCAUUGGCUUCGUGGGCGUUCACCUUGGUCUUUACUCCAUGAACAAGUUGUUUGGCAGAAGGACGAUCAUGAUCGCUGGGGCAAUAGCAUGCGGUCUUUGCGAGCUUGCUUGCGGGAUCGCAAGUAGUGUCAAACCUAACUCAGUGGAGACUGGAAAUGUGCUAGUAGCUUUUACGGCACUGUUCCUGUUUUGCUACAACGCCGGGGUGGGCGUUGCGACAAGCCCCCUGGCGACAGAGCUUGUUAGUUCAAGACUGCGAGCUUGGACGGUUGGCAGCGCGAAUGCGCUUGGAUACUUCCUCGCUUGGUUGAUCGGCUUUUGCUCGCCAUACUUUAUUAACCCUCAGGAUCUUGACUGGGGCCCGCAAUACACGUACAUAUGGGCAGCUUCCAACUUCAUUUGUGUGGCCUGGUUCUACUUCUUCCUUCCGGAGACGAAAGCGCGAUCGUUAGAAGAGCUGGAUGAGAUCUUCGAAGCUAGAGUGGCGGCACGAAAGUUCAAGCUGUAUGAGUGCAGGAUUGUGGAGGAUGCCAAGCAUGAUGUUUAUGGGAAGGAGACUGUUGAGACAACAAAGCAAGCUGCUUGA